AUGCACAAGAGAAGAUGUUCAGAGAAGAUAGAGCCACGGGUCCCAGACGUGCCCACCCCAGCCAGGACAACAGCAUCUGCUGGAUCCCUCCUGCAACAAAUGAGGAGACUGCCUGCUAGCCCCUGUGACAACUACACAAACGACUUUGGCUUCCCCCAGGAGGCGUUUGACGGCAAGCAGCUGCAGAAGGCUCAAGCCCUCUCUGUCGUCCAUGUGACGAACCAGAAGACCUUCCACCUCUUCUGCACAGAGGCCUCACCUGCUCCCUGGAACACGACCCUCCUGGAGGAAUUGUGCUCAGGAAUUUAUCAGCGGGUGAACGACCUAGAAGCCUGUCUCAUGCAGGAGGCGGGGGUGGGAGAGACGCCUCUCGUGAAUGGGGACUCCAUCCUGAGGAACUACUUCCAGAGAAUCUACCUCUAUCUGUGA